CUGGAAAGAAGUGUUCUUUUUCCGCCUCGCGAUGUGGUUCGAGAUUCUCCCUGGGCUCGCCGUCAUGGCCGCGUGCUUGUUCAUCCCGGGAAUGGCCACUGCGCGCAUCCACAGGUUCAGUAACGGGGGCAAGGAAAAAAGGAUUGCCUAUUAUCGAUAUCAGUGGAGUAUGAUGGAAAGAGAUAAGCGUGUCUCUGGUGCUAAUCGUUACUAUGUGUCAAAGGGUUUGGAGAACAUUGAUUAAGGAGGCAUUUUCCUGAUUGAUGAAAAAUAACUCAGUUAUGCUCAUCCUACCCCUGCUAGAAGGUUAUGCAGUGUAUUGUGUAGCAUACAGUGUAUUAUUUAGUGCUUAAUAAAAAUAAAAAAGUAAAAUCA